UGGGUACUAGCGUCCUGAAUUUGUCCAAUAGAAAUACAGGUUUUGUUUACAGCUGUAAAACAUUUUGCUAUAGCGUUCCUUACUGAAAACCACCCUACCCAGCCAACAGGCAGUCACACUGCCAGAGACACUUAUGUAACAACCCGCACCCAAUAUUUUUGUUAUGAAACGAAGAAAAUGCAGUAUUUCGGUAAGUCUGUGCUUCUUUACCCUUGCUUCUGUCUUUUGUUAAAAUACUAGUGUGUGUUUUUGCUACAUGAAAUCAUAGGUCAACAGCUGAGCCCAGUCUCUUUAGUUGAGUUAGUUAGCUAACGUUAGCUACUGGCAAAAUUCUACCCAGUUAGCUAGCUAGCUAGGGUACACUGUGUGCACUGUACCAUUUCGACCGAUAAUAACUUAAUUUAUGCAUAUACCUUUAGUUAACUGGGUAGCCAACUAUGUCCACAAGUGUAUAGCUACAGAUACUAUCUAAAGUUAAUUUGUUUAAUGCGUCUCCACACUAGCCAGGCCAGCUAACAAAUGCUCAGAACAUAAUCAAUGGAGUAGUUAGCUAGCUAGUUAAUUUGCAAGGGACAGGACAACGUGUAACGUUAACUUGCUGUGAACUACUGCAGGUAAUGACUGAACUGUUGUAUUCAUGCUGUGACUUCAAACUCUUCUAACUUUAAAUUGGUCUGGCGUCAAUCUCCGUGAAAGAUUCAAGGGACUAGCUAUGUUGACUCCUUAACAGCAUCUACCCCAAAGACUGCUGAACAAUUAAUCAAAUGGCCACCCGGACUAUUUACAUUGACUCCCCCUACUGCUACUAGUUGUAUAUUAUCUAUGCAUAGUCACUUUACCCCUAUCUACAUGUACAAAUUACCUCGACUAACCUGUACCCCUGCACAUUGACUCGGUACCGGUACUCCGUGUAUAUAACCUCCGUAUUGUAAUUUUAUUGUGUUACUUUUUAUUGCGUUACUUUAGUUUAUUUUUGUAAAUAUUUUGUAACUCUAUUUCUUGAACUGCAUUGUUGGUUAAGGCUUGUAAGAAAGCAUUUCAUGGUAAGAUAUACACCUGUUGUAUUUGGCGCAUGUGACAUAUAUAUAUAUAUAUGAGAUAGAUAUAUUUUUUGAUAUGCUCAAAGCCUGCAAAAUAUAUGACGCCCUCUUUGCUCUUGUUGUGUUCAGUGACGUCACGUGCCCAGUGACUGUGAGUGGACUCUCCUCUUUGUCCUCCUGCGGACCACUCUCUUUCCAGUGAAGUCCUACUGACUGAACGGUAACUUUGACAACGGCACCCAAUUAUCAUCACAUUAUAUGGAAAAAGUAUUUGUAACUGUCUUUGAUGCAAUAGGCAUAUAAUUGAGAUAGUUUAUACUUGCCACUACUGCUAUUUUCCCAUGUCUUUUCUCCUCCGUAGGUCAUUUGUUUUGUAAACUGUUUAGGCAACAAUACUUCCCAGCAUGCAGUUGGAGGCCCAGCUGCGUCUUUGUCAGAGCUGUCUAUGGUGCUGCAAGAGCGGACUGCGCUUGCUCUCUCAGAGCUCUGUGCACAGGUAUGCUCUCUCCCUCUCUCUUUACAGCAUUUACCUUUGUGCACAGCUGUACAAUGUGCAUGCCGGUGUGUUUGUGUGCAUUUGACAUUUGUCUAAUUACGCUGUACUUUUUUUAUUUAACCUUUAUUUAACUAGGCAGGUCAGUUAAGAACAAAUUCUUAUUUACAAUGAUGGCCUACCCUGUCCGGCCAAACCCAGACGACGCUGGGCCAAUUGUGCGCCGCCCUAUGGGACUCCCAAUCACUGGCUGGAUUGUGAUACACUACCAUGGUCUGUAGUGACGCCUCUAGCACUGAGAUGCAGUGCCUUAGAUCGCUGCGCCACUUGGGAAUAUGCUGAUGAUAGUGGUCUGUUUAGAGGCAUUGUUCAGUCCAUGGUCCCAAUACUGUGUGUUGUCAUCCUGUAUAAUUAGCAUUAAUUGUGUCUCAUUGCAGAGCGACAUUAAACCACUACGACCUUCUUGGUGUAAAACCUGAUGCCUCACUGGAGCAAAUCAAGAAUGCGUUUUUCGAUAAAUCAAAAAAGGUACGACAAUCUCCUAACCUAUCAUUUAAAAGCUUUAAAUACUUAGUGAAUGGAUGAAAGGCACAUAGCUCAAGCAGCACAUAAUUAUGGUUUACAGUGCCUUCGGAAUUUAUUCAGACCCCUUGACUUUUUCCACAUUUUGUUACGUUACAGCCUUAUUCUAAAAUGGAGUAAAUAAAACAUUUUCCUCAGCCAUCUACACACAAUACCCCAUAAUGACAAAGCGAAAACAGGUUUUUAGACAAUUUUGCACAUUAAAAUUAAAAACAGAAAUACCUUAUUUACAUAAGUAUUCAGACAAUUUGCUAUGAGACUCGAAAUUGAGCUCAGGUGCAUCCUGUUUCCAUUGAUCAUCCUUGAGAUGUUUCUACAACUUGAUUGGAGUCCACCUGUGGUAAAUUCUAUUGAUUGGACAUGAUUUGGAAAGGCACACACCUGUCUAUAUAAGGUCCCACAGUUGACAGUGCAUGUCAGAGCAAAAACUAAGCCAUGAGGUCGAAGGAAUUGUCCGUAGAGCUCCGAGACAGGAUUGUGUUGAGGCACAGAUCUGGGGAAGGGUACCACAACAUUUCUGCAGCAUUGAAGGUCCCCAAGAACACAGUGACCUCCAUCAUUCUUAAAUGGAAGAAGUUUGGGACCACUAAGCUCUUCCUAGAGCUGGCCGCCCGGGCCAAACUGAGCAAUCGGGGGAGAAGGACCUUGGUCAGGGAGGUGACCAAGAACCCGAUGGUCACUCUGACAGAGCUCUAGAGUUUCUCUGUGGAGAUGGGAGAACCUUCCAGAAGGACAACCAUCUCUGCAGCACUCCAGCAAUGAAGCCUUUAUGGUAGGGUGGCCAGACGGAAGCCACUCCUCAGUAAAAGGCACAUGACAGCCCGCUUGGCGUUUGCCAAAAGGAACCUAAAGACUCUCAGACCAUGAGAAACAAGAUUCUCUUGUCUGAUGAAACCAAGAUUGAGCUCUUUGGCGUGAAUGCCAAGCCUCAUGUCUGGAGGAAACCUGGCACCAUCCCUACAGUGAAGCAUGGUGGUGGCAGCAUCAUGCUGUGGGGAUGUUUUUCAGUGGCAGGGACUGGGAGACUAGUCAGGAUCAAAGAUGAACGGAGCAAAGUACAGAGAGAUCCUUGAUGAAAACCUGCUCCAGAGCGCUCAGACUGGGGCAAAGGUUCACCUUCCAACAGGACAACGACCCUAAGCACACAGCCAAGACAUCGCAGCAGUGGCUUCGGCACAAGUCUCUGAAUGUCCUUGAGUGGCCCAGCCAGAGCCCGGACUUGAACCUGAUCGAACAUCUCUGGAGAAAACAGAAAAUAGCUUUGCAGCAAUGCUCCCCAUCCAACCUGACAGAGCUUGAGAGGAUCUGCAGAGAAGAAUGGAAGAAACUCCCCAAAUACAGGUGUGCCAAGCUUGUAGCGUCAUACCCAAGAAGACUCGAGGCUGUAAUCGCUGCCAAAGGUGCUUCAACAAAGUACUUAGUAAAGGGUCUGAAUACCUAUGUAAAUGUGAUAUUUCCGUUUUUUUUAUUUGAAUACAUUUGCAAAAAUGUCUAAUAACAUGUUUUUGCUUUGUCAUUAUGGGGUGUUGUGUGUAGAUUGAUGAGGGAAAAUAACUAUUUAAUACAUUUUAGAAUAAGGCCGUAACGUAACAAACUGUGGAAAAAGUCAAUGGGUCUGAAUACUUAACGAAUAAACUGUUAAAGGAAUUGCAGCUUCUCUCUCCAACCACACGAGUGCACUCUUCCACAGUAUUUUUCUACCUUCUUCCAACAUCACAUUCCCGCCUUGUUCAUGUAUAAUAUACAGUGAGCUCCAAAAGUAUUGGGACAGUGACAUAUUUGUUUUGGCACUGUACUCCAGCACUUUGGAUUUGAAAUGAUACAGUGACUAUGAGGUUAAAGUGUAUUUUCAUCCAUAUCGGGUGAACCGUUUAGAAAUUACAGUAUAUAGUACCCCCAUUUUAGGGGACCAAAAAUAUUGGGACAAAUUCACUUAUGCUUAUUAUAGUAGUCAAGUUUAGUAUUUGGUCCCAUAUUCCUAGCACAUGAUUACAUCAAGUUUGUGACUCUACGAACUUGUUGGAUGCAUUUGCUGUUUGUUUUGGUUGUGUUUCAGAUUAUUUUGUGCCCUAUAGAAAUUCAUGGUAAAUAAUGUAUUGUGUCAUUUUGGAGUCACUUUUAUUGUAAAUAAGAAUAUAAUAUGUUUCUAAACACUUGGAUGCUACCAUGAUAAUGGAUAAUCCUGUAUGAAUCGUGAAUAAUGAUGAGUGAGAAAGUUACAGACGCACAAAUAUCACAUCCCCAAGACAUGCUAACCUCUCACCAUUACAAUAACAGGGGAGGUUAGCUUUUUUUUUUUGGGGGGGGGUGAUAUUUGUGCGUCUGUAACUUUCUCUCUAAUCAUUAUGCACGAUUCAUACAGGACUAUCCAUUAUCAUGGUAGCAUCCACAAUAAUGUAGAAGUGUUUAGAAACAUUAUAUUCUUAGUUACAAGAAAAGUGACUCCAAAGUGACAGUCACAAGCUUGAUGUAAUCAUUGUGUGCUAGGAAUAUUGGACCAAAUACUGAACUUUUGACUGCUUUAAUACACAUAUACAGUGGGGGAAAAAAGUAUUUAGUCAGCCACCAAUUGUGCAAGUUCUCCCACUUAAAACGAUGAGAGAGGCCUGUAAUUUUCAUCAUAGGUACACGUCAACUAUGACAGACAAAAUGAGAAUUUCUUUUCCAGAAAAUCACAUUGAAGGAUUUUUAAUGAAUUUAUUUGCAAAUUAUGGUGGAAAAUAAGUAUUUGGUCAAUAACAAAAGUUUCUCAAUACUUUGUUAUAUAUCCUUUGUUGGCAAUGACACUGGUCAAACGUUUUCUGUAAGUCUUCAAAAGGUUUUCACACACUGUUGCUGGUAUUUUGGCCCAUUCCUCCAUGCAGAUCUCCUCUAGAGCAGUGAUGUUUUGGGGCUGUCGCUGGGCAACACAGAUUUUCAACUCCCUCCAAAAAUGUUCUAUGGGGUUGAGAUCUGGAGACUGGCUAGGCCACUCCAGGACCUUGAAAUGCUUCUUUCGAAGCCACUCCUUCAUUGCCCGGGCGGUGUGUUUGGGAUCAUUGUCAUGCUGAAAGACCCAGCCACGUUUCAUCUUCAAUGCCCUUGCUGAUGGAAGGAGGUUUUCACUCAAAAUCUCACGAUACAUGGCCCCAUUCAUUCUUUCCUUUACACGGAUCAGUCGUCCUGGUCCCUUUGCAGAAAAACAGCCCCAAAGCAUGAUGUUUCCACCCCCAUGCUUCACAGUAGGUAUGGUGGUCUUUGGAUGCAACUCGGCAUUCUUUGUCCUCCAAACACGACGAGUUGAGUUUUUACCAAAAAGUUCUAUUUUGGUUUCAUCUGACCAUAUGACAUUCUCCCAAUCCUCUUCUGGAUCAUCCAAAUGCACUCUAGCAAACUUCAGACGGGCCUGGACAUGUACUGGCUUAAGCAGGGGGACACGUCUGGCACUGCAGGAUUUGAGUCCCUGGCGGCGUAGUGUGUUACUGAUGGUAGGCUUUGUUACUUUGGUCCCAGCUCUCUGCAGGUCAUUCACUAGGUCCCCCCGUGUGGUUCUGGGAUUUUUGCUCACCGUUCUUGUGAUCAUUUUGACCCCACGGGGUGAGAUCUUGCGUGGAGCCCCAGAUCGAGGGAGAUUAUCAGUGGUCUUGUAUGUCUUCCAUUUCCUAAUAAUUGCUCCCACAGUUGAUUUCUUCAAACCAAGCUGCUUACCUAUUGCAGAUUCAGUCUUCCCAGCCUGGUGCAGGUCUACAAUUUUGUUUCUGGUGUCCUUUGACAGCUCUUUGGUCUUGGCCAUAGUGGAGUUUGGAGUGUGACUGUUUGAUUUUUAAUGAAUUUAUUUGCAAAUUAUGGUGGAAAAUAAGUAUUUGGUCACCUACAAACAAGCAAGAUUUCUGGCUCUCACAGACCUGUAACUUCUUCUUUAAGAGGCUCCUCUGUCCUCCACUCGUUACCUGUAUUAAUGCCACCUGUUUGAACUUGUUAUCAGUAUAAAAGACACGUGUCCACAACCUCAAACAGUCACACUCCAAACUCCACUAUGGCCAAGACCAAAGAGCUGUCAAAGGACACCAGAAACAAAAUUGUAGACCUGCACCAGGCUGGGAAGACUGAAUCUGCAAUAGGUAAGCAGCUUGGUUUGAAGAAAUCAACUGUGGGAGCAAUUAUUAGGAAAUGGAAGACAUACAAGACCACUGAUAAUCUCCCUCGAUCUGGGGCUCCACGGAAGAUCUCACCCCGUGGGGUCAAAAUGAUCACAAGAACGGUGAGCAAAAAUCCCAGAACCACACGGGGGGACCUAGUGAAUGACCUGCAGAGAGCUGGGACCAAAUUAACAAAGCCUACCAUCAGUAACACACUAUGCCGCCAGGGACUCAAAUCCUGCAUUGCCAGACGUGUCCCCCUGCUUAAGCCAGUACAUGUCCAGGCCCGUCUGAAGUUUGCUAGAGUGCAUUUGAAUGAUCCAGAAGAGGAUUGGGAGAAUGUCAUAUGGUCAGAUUAAACCAAAAUAGAACUUUUUGGUAAAAACUCAACUCGCCGUGUUUGGAGGACAAAGAAUGCUGAGUUGCAUCCAAAGAACACCAUACCUACUGUGAAGCAUGGGGGUGGAAACAUCAUGCUUUGGGGCUGUUUUUCUGCAAAGGGACCAGGACGACUGAUCCGUGUAAAGGAAAGAAUGAAUGGGGCCAUGUAUCGUGAGAUUUUGAGUGAAAACCUCCUUCCAUCAGCAAGGGCAUUGAAGAUGAAACGUGGCUGGGUCUUUCAGCAUGACAAUGAUCCCAAACACACCGCCCGGCAACGAAGGAGUGGCUUCGUAAGAAGCAUCCUGGAGUGGCCUAGCCAGUCUCCAGAUCUCAACCCCAUAGAAAAUCUUUGGAGGGAGUUGAAAGUCCGUGUUGCCCAGCGACAGCCCCAAAACUUCACUGCUCUAGAGGAGAUCUGCAUGGAGGAAUGGGCCAAAAUACCAGCAACAGUGUGUGAAAACCUUUUGAAGACUUACAGAAAACGUUUGACCUGUGUCAUUGCCAACAAAGGGUAUAUAACCAAGUAUUGAGAAACUUUUGUUAUUGACCAAAUACUUAUUUUCCACCAUCAUUUGCAAAUAAAUUCAUUAAAAAUCCUACAAUGUGAUUUUCUGGAUUUUUUUCCCUCAUUUUGUCUGUCAUAGUUGACGUGUACCUAUGAUGAAAAUUACAGGCCUCUCUCAUCUUUUUAAGUGGGAGAACUUGCACAAUUGGUGGCUGACUAAAUACUUUUUUUCCCCACUGUAUGCAUGUGCAGUAGUAACCCUGGUUUGUCCUAAUCCUCAUCCUGACUGCUCAACUGUAGUGUACACACAUCCAUCUAGCACUGACUGAAACAGCGGGAGCAUUCAACAGUGUGCUUGUGUCUAUUGCUUUUUCAUCACUACUCCUCACUGCCCCCUGUCUCUCUACCAGAUGCACCCAGACAGUGACCCGUCUAACCCGGGGCUGCAUGGCCAGUUUGUGGAGCUGAACGAGGCCUACAGGGUGCUGAGUAAGGAGGUAUCCAGGAGAGAGUACGACCUGCGGCUACAUCACCCUUAUACCGGGGGACAGGCCUUCAGACCCACCUCCACAUACAACCCCAGGUACGUAAACAAGCGUGCACACACUCAAGCAAGCAGGCAGGCACUAACCCAUGCGCACACACACAUUUUAAUAAUGUUUACAUACUGUUUUACCCAUUUCAUAUGUACAGUGCCGUGAAAACGUAUUUGCCCCUUUAUGUACUGCAUUCUAGUCAAGUCCAUCCUAUUCAACUAUUGCUGUACAUAUACAAUUAUAUCCACGUAUUCUUCAGAUAUACUAUAUAUUCUAUCCACAUACUGUCCAUAAUGUCUAUACACACCAACACACACAUAAAUAUAUAUAUAUAUAUAUAGAUAUAUACAUACAUACAUACAUACAUACAUACAUACAUACAUACAGUACCAGUCAAAAGUUUGGACACACCUACUCAUUCAAGGGUUUUUCUUUAUUUUUACUAUUUUCUACAUUGAAAAACUAUGAAAUAACACAUAUGGAAUCAUGUAGUAACCAAAAAAGUGUUAAACAAAUCAAAAUAUAUUUUGAGAUUCUUUAGAUAGCCACCUUUUGCCUUGAUGACAGCUUUGCACACUCUUGGCAUUCUCUCAACCAGCUUCAUGAGGUAGUCACCUCUCGAACCUGUUUUCCCUUUGUCAUUAUGGGGUAUGGUGUGUAGAUUGCUGAGGACAUUUAUUUAUUCCAUUAUAGAAUAUAGCUGUAACGUUACAAAAUGUGGAAAAAGUCAAGCGGUCUGAAUACUUUCCGAAGGCGCUGUGUGUAUGUAUAUAUAUAUAUACAUACAUACAUACACACACACACACACACACACACACACACACAUACAUUCCGGACUCCGACAUUGCUCGUCCUAAUAUUUAUAUAUUUCUUAGUUCCAUUCUUUUACUUUUUUUAUUUUUGUGUAUUGUUAGAUAUUACUGCACGAUUGGAGCUAGGAACACAAGCAUUUUGCUACACCCACAAUAACAUCUGCUAAAUAUGUGUAUGCGACCAAUAACAUUUUAUUUUAUUUGACACGCACACACAGCCCUGUGUGAGUUCAUACACAAAUCUCAGAAGUUUUAUUCCCCUUUUUUAUGUCUCUCUCCCUCUGUCUCUCUCCCUCUGUCUCCCUCCCUCUGUCUCUCUCCCUCUGUCUCCCUCCCUCUGUCUCUCUCCCCUCUGUCUCCCUCCCUCAGGGCGGAGGCUCAGGAGAGUGUACGCUACUGGGAUCAGUUCAAACACUCUCAGCCUCAGGAGACCACUGCUGAGGAGUGGGAGAGGAAGAGGAAGAGGAACUUUAGAAUAGUUAGCUACUGUAUGCUCAUCAUGGGACUGAGCAUCAGCACUCACGUUUUCUUCUUCAGGUAACAUCAUGGGAAAAGACCAGAGUGAAACUGAUACUUGGACAUUAAUACUGUAUGUAUGUACAUUCUCAUAGCACGUAGUUAAAUACGAAAUGCAGUAGUUCUGUCACGUUCAAGGAAAGGAAUCACACUUCUGUCACUCAUAAACCAAAUGCAUUUCUGAAUUCUGUGCCAAAAUGUGACAUUUGACUAUUACUGCUAUUACUAUGUUUUUACUAAUUCAUAGUCUAGACUAAAUAGUCUGGAGACUCAGAUAACUGUCUGUCUGUAGGCACAGGUGCCCCUGGCUCAGACCCAGGUUGUGCUGUAAUAGAUCUGGUAAUCUGUGUUUUGGCACGUUGACUUGGAAGCUGUUUUAUUGUUUGUAGAGAUCCAACUUUUCCUGGUAUGACUUUCAUUUGUACUAGUACAGAAUAAUAAAACAUGAAUAAUAAUCAAAAUGCCAAUUCAACUGGCAACGAUAUUCCGCUGUGUGUACAUCUGUGUUGUCUGACAGGUCUCUCUGUCUUCCGGUCACACAGAAAGUUGGAGUCUGUCCAUAACAACUUCAUGGACGAGAAGGACAGGGUCAUCACACAGAUCUACAACGAGUCCAAAGAAAGGGCAAGGUGUGUGAGAAUUCAAACGUAUUAUAAGUGUUAUUACCCAGUUAUUACACUGUUCUAGUUACGGUAGUGGUAAUAAUCAACAUUGCAUGGAGUAUGUAUUAAUAUGAUUUGUUUGUAUGAUAUACCCGAGGCUGGACCUGAUUUGAUUUCUUCAUUUUGAUUCGCAGAGUGAACGGGUUUAAGAAGCAGACAGAGAUUCUCAGACAGAAACAUAAUGAGUUCCUGGAGAAAUACAAAAUCACUCGCAACAGUGGAGAGGACAAGUAGGAGUUUAGUAGAAUAAGAGUACAUCUUAAAACAAGGGGGAUUGAGUUGGCCGAAGGCCUCUGGAGAGGAAUGGAGUCGGUCAGGAAGGGGAGUGAACGGUUGAAUGAGUUAGGAGUAGUUAGCAUUUUAAAAUAGUUUUUUGGCAGACGUUGAUGAUGUGCACAGCUCACGUUUGCUUGGACCUCGGAUACUAAGCUGAGGAGUAAAAAAAGAAUGUUUAUUAGCUGGGAUAUUGUAACAACAUAGUAUGUAAUGCCUGGGUGAAACUGGAACAGUAUAUGGGGUACAUGUCUUUGUCACAGUAGAGCGUUGACCCCAGCCAUUGUAGGUUUCUCCGGAAGGAGAAUACGUCGUGGAGGUUUGGUCUGGUAUCACAAGACUAUCAGCAGUAGGACAUGGUCAUUAACAGCACAUCCUUUCCUCUGUUGGAUGGAACCGAGACUCCUGUAAGCCAGUUGCUAAUUGGUUCGCAGUGACAUGCUGUUUUCCCCCACGCCCGUUCAGAGGCAGUCUGAUGGGUGUUCAUAUGACAGUGUGAAUUUGCCCACUGGAGAUGCAGGAAAGUGUUGCAUACUGAAGACUUAAAUCAAAGGUAGAAUGCCUUAAUGACAGAUAGGGGGUGCUGUGCACAGCUGCCCUUGAACCAAUGGGAUUCAGUCAUUGUGCCUCUCUGUGUGUCAAUGAUAUCAUGGAACUCUUGACACCGCCACUGGGCCCAGGGUGGACCCAAAAUCAGUCAAAAAGAGAUGCUGUUCGUGUCAGGAGUUUUUCUUGACAAUGUUACCUAUAGGCAAUAUUUAGGGCCUAGAGCAUUUCUUGGUCAUAUGAUGAAAGGAAAACUGGCCCAAGAGAUAAUGGAUCCUUUCCUAUUGAAAGGACAUGGAAUCAAGAAAAACUUGAAAAUCAAGUCAUAUUAUGACUUUCUCAAAUGGUAUUUAAUUGUACCCUUGUCUGAUGUUGAAGAAUUCAUUUUAGAAAUGUUAAUUAUAUUAUGGAAAUAUUUGAUUUAUUGCCCGUGUGGGCAGCUUCAAUCUCUGAGAUGAGGAAAUGCAUUUAAUUUAUUGCUAUGUUGACGGCCAACUGACACUUACCAUAACGCCUUUUUUCAGUGUAUUAUUAGUCACAGAUUGUGUUUGAGUGAUCUUUUAAUGACAGCCUUAACUCUUCCUGGUGUCAUGGAUUCAUGCAAUGAUGAAUAAAAACAACACUGUUCCUCUGGUCUCAACCAACAACAUCCAAUGUUUCGUUUUGAGUUUGUUUCUCACCCAAUUCCACUCUUACGUGUCCUGUCAAGUUUGGGAAUGAGUGAGGGGUGCUGAAAAACAUGGG